ACGAUUGAACAUGAAUUGCGGAUUAACAAUUCCCAACACGCAUUAUGAUAAAUAUAAACGCAUCGCUGACCGCCAGUUAUAAUAUGGCUGAUUAUGUUAUUCGUUGAAGUUAGUAAAUAAGCCGGCAAGAAAUUUUCCACUAUGACCAGCCCAUUAGGAUCAGUGCUUAUUGGUGGAGGGACUGGCUUUGUAGGUACUGCAUUCAGCAAACUUUUGCGCAGUAGAGGAUACGGUGUAAACAUAGUAUCUCGGAUGCCUGGACCACAGAGAAUUUCUUGGACUGAACUGGCUGAAUCUGGUUUGCCUGUUAAUACUGUGGCUGUUGUAAGUCUUGCCGGACAGAAUGUUCUGAAUCCUACACGGCGCUGGACUCCAGGCUUCAAGCAAAAUGUGUGGGCUAGCCGAGUCAAUACUACACGAUCUCUUGCAGAUGCAAUCAUCAAAGCACCAUUUAAACCAAAAGUAUUCAUUUCAAUUUCAGGUGUAGGGAUAUACGAGCCAAGCCAAACAACUGAGUACAAUGAAGGCAGUCAUGGAGAAAGCUUUGAUUUCUUGUCAAAGUUGUGUCAGGAGUGGGAGAGUGCUGCCAAGCUGCCAGCACAUUUAGGUGUUCGGCAGGUCAUAGUCCGAUCUGGUGUAAUACUUGGAAGAAAUGGUGGUAUGAUAAAACAGUUGUUCUUGCCAUUCUAUCUUGGUUUGGGAGGGCCUGUAGGAAGAGGAGACCAAUAUAUGCCAUGGAUCCACAUUCAUGAUGUGGCCAAUUUGUUGCUGUUUGCGAUCGAGAAUGACAGUGUGCAUGGUGUGCUGAAUGGAGUGGCCCCCCAGAUUGUGACAAACAGACAAUUUGCAAGAGCAUUUGGACAAGCUUUAUGGCGACCUGCACUGAUUCCAAUUCCUGAAUUUGUGCUAAAUGUCGCAUUCAGUGAGGAGCGGGCCAAAAUUAUGACUGAGGGGCAGAAAGUGAUCCCCAAGCGAACUCUUGAAUAUGGAUUUCAUUACAAAUAUCCUGACAUCAACUCAGCUUGCAAAGAAGUUGCGAAGUUAAUCCCACCAAAAUAAUUUUUAUUAUGUAUUAAACUAUCUUGUGAUUGUGAGAAGUUUGGAGAUGCCUUACACUGUAAGUCUUUGACUUGGUAUUUAUAUAGCAAGUCAGACUGUAUGCCAUCUUGCCACUUGUAAGCAAAAUGUGUACAUAGCAAAUUUAGAUAAACAUCAUUUGUAUUUGUUAACUGAA